CUCACCAGUGCUUAUGUAGCAUUAACCUGCUAGCUAGCUAGAGUAAAGAGCGGGCUUGACGAAAUAUAGCACCGUCGGCUAAGUCGUCGCUACGUUGUCCGUAAACCAGGCAUAUUACAGCACAUCCUCAACAAGACAGCAGUAAGUUUGAGACGUUAUUAACGCUCAUUGCGAUUCUGUGUCAGAGCCGGCGGCCGGCGUUCGCUAUUCAAAUCGGAAUUACACGCUAGGUUAACGUUGGCUAGGCUAACGUUGGCCAGGCUAACGUGACGUCAGCGUGAGCGGAGCAGCCUGACCGCUCCGGGGUCCGGGGGAUCAGCUGACGCCCCUCCGCAAGGCUGGCCAGGAGAGCGGGGAUGGAUCAACUCAAAGUCAAGGACCGAAUAUUGGAGAACAUUUCUUUAUCUGUCAAGAAGUUGCAGAGUUACUUUGCAGCCUGCGAGGAUGAAACUCCAGCCAUUCGGAACCAUGACCGUGUCCUGCAGCGGUUGUGUGAGCACCUUGACCAUGCUCUGCUAUAUGGGCUCCAGGACAUCUCGUCAGGGUACUGGGUACUAGUCCUCCACUUCACCAGGAGAGAGGCUGUCCGUCAGAUAGAUGAGCUUCAGCACAUAGCAACCAACCUUGGUCGAAGUCGUGCAUGGCUAUACCUGGCACUAAGUGAGAGUUCCUUAGAGAGUUAUCUGCGCCUUUUUCAAGAGAACCAAGGAUUGCUGCAGAAGUAUUAUUUCAAAAAUGCAUUGGUCUGCAGCCAUGACCACCUCACACUCUUUCUAACAUUGGUGUCAGGCCUUGAAUUCAUUCGAUUUGAUCUGGAACUGGAUGUGCCAUAUUUGGAUGUGGCCCCCUACAUGCCAGAGUACUACAAACCACAGAACCUGCUGGACUUUGAAGAAAGGCUGCCCAGCUCAGACAGCUUGUCUCUUCACUCUUUUACUUCCCUCACUUCCACCAACCUGGAGUGGGAUGACAGCGCAAUAGCCCCCUCUAGUGAAGAUUAUGAUUUCGGUGACAUCUUCCCUGUGUUGCAGUCAGUGCCAAGUGCAGACUGGGAAGAGGGUGACCUCACAGACCCAGCCAGCUGCCCACGCUCAAGCGGCUCAGAUCCCCAGACAGUCAUCAGUGACUCAGUGGUUGUUCCAGCAGGAGCUCUGGUUAGCUCCAUUGUUACAGUGAAGGUGGCUCCUCCUCCUCCACUCCCUUCCCCACCACAUAGCCCCACGUUCAGACACAACCCUUUCAAUGAAGACUCAGACACCAACACCUCGGCCGAUGUCACACCUGUGCAUACAGCUAGCUGCCAUGAUGCCGCCACCACAGGAGAUGACACAGAAAGUACCUACAAUGAGCUGGAGGUCAUCAGGGUGGCCAGACGGAGGAAACCUGCAAAGAAGCGCCGUGGGAAGGGCUCCACAGACUCCACCAGCAGCAUCCAUAACUCUGCCUCCUCUGAACAGGUGGGACUAAACAAUGGACUCCAGAUUCCAGAAGAUGGGCUUGGGCAAGGGGAGGAUGUGGAUACCCUGGGCAACUCUGUGGGGCAGCAGCUAGGCACUGGAGUGGAGACCGUGAGGAGGAGGAGUAAGAAGGGAACAGGGGAUAUGGAGGAAAGCGAUGGGGAAGGGGCAGAUGGCCUUCUACGGCUCCCAGAAAUGACAGACACUUCUAUGAACAGCGUAGGCCAGCCCUUACGCGAUGUCAUGGACCGUCUCAAUGGCACUAUGGAUGGGAUAGAGGCUUGGGAACAACCAGAGGAAGAAGAAAAAAAGAAUAACGAACCCACAUCCACUUGCUUUGAAGUCACCCGGGGCCCCCAGCCUCCGCUGCAGCAGCCCUUUCGAGAGGGUGCAGGGGGUGAGCCUCCUGACCCAGCCCCAAGGGGACUGUCUUCUUCGUCUCUGGCCCAGAGCCCCAACUUCUUGCAGACCUCUCCUGCACCUGCGGACUUCUACUACUUUACCCCCAACAGUCCAAACUCUGCUGUCAAGGGUCGUGGCCACCAUGACCCUGCAGAGCAUAGCCAGUCACAGGCUCUUCCUGGUGGCCAUGAAAAUGAGGGAGAGGCAGAAGCACCAGCGGCUCAGGAGCCCACCUUGAAAAAGAGAGAGGAAGUGGAGGAGAAGGAACAGAAAGAGGAGCCGCAAGCUGAGGAUCAGUUGACAGUCAGGGAACCAGAGGAGCAGCUACAAGAGGAGAGGCUUAGUCCUUCAGAGACCUCUCAUCCUGCUGAGUUCAAGGUAGACAACAACCACUUGCUGCUGCUCAUGAUUCAUGUGUUUAGAGAGAAUGAGGAGCAGCUCUUCAAGAUGGUGAGGAUGAGUACAGGCCACAUGGAGGGGGAUUUGCAGCCCCUCUACCUGCUGCUGACUGACUCUUACAUCUACCUGCUCAGGAAGGGUGCAGCUGAGAAGCCAUACACCGUGGAAGAUGCCAUCUCUUACAAUGAACUUGAUUAUGUCUCUGUGGGUCUUGACCAGCAGACAGUGAUGGUUGUUUGCACCAACAGACGAAGGCAGUUCCUGCUGGACACGGCUGACCCCUCGCUGACUGUCUGGUUCCUGGCAGCCCUGAAAUCAGCCAUGGUGAAGGGCUGUCGGGAACCUCCCUACCCCUCUGUCCUGACCGAUGCCACCAUGGAGAAACUUGCCCUCACCAAAUUUGUUGCCCAGGACUCUCACUGUGAGGUGUCAGAAGUAACAAUCCACCUAUACUCACUGGUCCACUGGGAGGAUCCCAUGGACGCGGCCCUGUCUCCCCAAGGUGGCCCUCCAGGCUCAGCAGAGUCAUCCAACACCAAGGAGGGUGUUGUGCUCUACAGGGCUGGCACCACAUACCUGGGCAAAGAGCAAUGGAAGAACUGUUACCUGGUCCUCAGCAAUGGCAUUCUGUACCAGUAUGCAGAGAGAACUGACGUGACACCUCUGAUGUCGAUCACAAUGGGUGGGGAGCACUGUGGAGGUUGUCGUCGUUCCAACAGCACAGAGCGUCCACAUGCCUUCCAGGUCAUCCUGAUAGAGCGCCCCCCGCUGGAGCUCAGUGCCAACAACGAGCAAGAAAUGGCCGACUGGAUGCAGCUGCUCUGCCAGUCUGUCUCUAAAGGGGUGAUCCCCCAGGGCGUGGCCCCUACACCAUGUAUUCCCUGUUGCCUUGUGGUGACGGACAGGAAGUUGUUGACGUGCCAUCAGGACUGCCAGACCAGCUUCUUCCGCUCGCUGGGUGGUGCUGAUCUUUGCGAUGUUACUGCUGUCAGCUUGGAGGCAGAUAAGGAGUACAGUGUAAUUGAGUUUGCUCAGGAUCGGGAACACUUCCUUCCUCCCUGGGUGCUGUACUUCAGUGGCUGUGAAGAGAGGGAUCGCCUGCUGGAGGUGCUAGAUACUGCCUGGAAAAGCAUUUUCCAGGUGGACCUUCCCCGUAAGAACAUGUCCAGCCCCUCAGUGCAAAAGCGCUGUAGUGAGGCCCUGGCCCUGAUGAGGAGUGCCUGGCAAAGGGCUGACAGCCUUGCCCGUGGGCGAGCCCAGAGAGAGCCCUGGUGUUGACUGACCAGGAGGUAAUUGGCAAGAGAGCCGCACAGUCAUGGUUUCGGGAUGGACAGAUGAAAUGGGUAAGAGGAUGGAUGAAUGAAUACGUGGACAUGAGACUGUUAAUAUGCAUUAAGAAGAAGCUGCUGCUCCUCAGAGAUGGGACUGAUGUUGGAAAAAUAGGCUGGACCACUGGUUUUUCUCCUGUGAUGCUGGGCAACGUCAGCAACAGAAGCCAUCACUCAGAGAAUUUUUCCGUUAUUGGUUGUAAGGAAAGAUUUUGGUGUCACGUGAUCAAACUGUUAUAAACGUCUUUUUGACCUUCAUAAGGAAAACCUCUGUAAGAAGAAGUGAUGGAUGAUUUGGUUAACAAGGAAGUGCUUUAUAAAUGAUGGGGGAAUGAAAAAGCGGUCAAGACCAUUACCUUUCACAUAACUCCGCAUUUGCUGCUGAAUUGAAAAUGUAUUAUUUUCAGUGAAAAUUUAUUUUCAAUUCAUGUAUUGGAUUUUGUCUCAACUAAAUAAAUGUGGAAGGAUACUGUCUGAGAGAAGAAGCCAUUCUGAAAUUACCUUAACGCUCUGCCGUCCUAAGGCAGGGAUGUCAAUGGAAUCCUACACUUCUGUUUUGGAAAAUGGAGGUGAGAGAGAAGAGUGUAGACUGCACAAAUGGAUAACUACUUAUGGCUUACACAAAACUAACUCGAAAAUUCUAUAUACUUCACACCGAUCAGCCAAGAUAUUAAAACCACUGACAGGUAAGUGAAUAACAUUCAUUAUCUUGUUACAAUGGUACCUAUCAAGGGGUGAGAUAUUUUAGACAGCAAGUGAAAAGUCGGUUCUUGAAGGUGAUGUGUUGGAAGUGGAAAAAGCGUAAGGAUUUGAGCGACUUUGGUAAGGGCCAAAGUGUGAUGGCUAGACAACCGAGUCAGAGCAUCUCCAAAAUGACAGGUCUUGUUGGGGGGGGAGGUCCCGGUAUGCAAUGGUCAGUACCUACUAAAAGUGGUCCAAGGAAAAACAAUCGGUGAACCGGCAACAGGGUCAUGGGCGCCCAAGGCUCAUUGAUGCGCUUGGGGAGCGGAGGUUAGUCUGUCUGACCUGAUCCCACAGAGGCUAAUGCAGCUCAAACUGCUGAAAAAGUUAAUGUUAUGAGAGACGGGUGGCAGAAUACACCAUGCACUGCAGCUUGCUGUGUAUUGGGCUUCGUAGCCGCAUACCGGUCAAAGAGCCUAUGCUGACCCCUGUCCACCACCAGAAGUGCUUACAAUGGGCACGUGAGUGUCAGAACUGGACCAUGAGGGGCGUCCGGGUAGCAUAGUGGUCUAUUCCAUUGCCUACCAACACGAAUUGGCCGUGUCUAUGGGUGGGAAGCCGGAUGUGGGUAUGUGUCCUGGUUGUUGCACUAGCGCCUCCUCUGGUCGGUCGGGGCAACUGUUCAGGGGGGAGGAGAAAUUGGGAGGGGGGUAGCGUGAUCCUCCCACGUGCUACGUCCCCCCUGGUGAAACUCCUCACUGUCAGGUGAAAAGAAGUGGCUGGUGACUCCCCAUGUAUCGGAGGAGAUAUGUGGUAGUCUGCAGCCCUCCCCGGAUCAGCAGAGAGGGUGGAGCAGCGACCGGGACGGCUCGGAAGAGUGAGGUAAUUGGCCGGAUUUUCUUAAUAGCUAAACUAUCUCUAUAUUGUCAUUCAUUCAUAUUUGUUACAUUGUCAUUCAUUCUCUUUCAUUUAUAAGUCAUAGCUUACAAAUUACAACAGAAGAUUAUUUCUUUUGUGCAUUUACUUAAAACAAAGGGUUGACAUUUAUUUGGGAGGAUACGUUCCAGUCUAUUAAUUCAUUAUUUGGACUUAGGUAGCAUACUACUACCAGACCCUGGAACACAUUUCCUGUUACAGUACAAUUAAAAUCUGGUCUCCUCUUGAUUUAUUUCUAUUUAAAGAAGGACAACUAGAUACUUGGUUACAUACUGAAUAAGGAAACAACUCUUUCAGCAGGAUCAUUUGCCUUGCCACACUAUAAGAGUUGCUCAGGAAUGGUUUGACAAAGAGUUCAAGGUGUUGCCUUAGCCUCCAAAUUCCCCAGAUCUCAAUCUGAUCCGGCAUCUGUGGGAUGUGCUGGGAAAACAAGUCCGAUCCAUGGAGGCUCCACCUCACAAUUUACAGGACUUAAAGGAUCUACUGCUUAACGUGUUGGUGCUAGAUACCAGAGGACACCUUCAGAAGUCUUGUGUAGUCCAUGCCGUGAUGGUUCAGAGCUGUUUUGGCAGCACGAGGGGGACCUACACAAUGUUAGGCAGGUGGUUUUAAUGUUCUGGCUGAUCGGUGUUUAUGUGGAAGAGAGGAUUUCUCAUUGUAUAAUAAAGAAAGCCAUGUAGGGAGAUGAAGGUUUUGAUGUUGAAAUUUCCCCACCCUCCUUUUCUUGUGCAAAUAAUCUGUCUCAAAUGUUGCUCUUACAAGUAACACAGGGGUCUGAGGAUGAAACUCACUCCUUGCUCUAGUAAAGUGCUGACGGCUGCAAGAUGUUUCGUAGAACGUAAACCCCAAAUGCAGUGCAUUUAUGCUGCAAAUGUGCAGCACUAGUUUUAAGAUAUAACCAUUACUACUCGUGUAUAUGCAUAAUGAUCAAUUAUUUGCAUUCUUGUUUGUCUUUGGCGCACAUCCCUCUCAGAAGUUGAGUUUUAUGUCAAAUUAACAUUAAAAAACAGCUAUUCUCCUUUUUAGAGAAUGUCUUGAGAUGUGGGCUGUAUGAUAAAGUAUUGAAAUGAACUAUUCUGCACUGUUACAUUGCAUUCUAACCUCCUGCCUCUGUCAGCUGGGUUCGAUCUUUAGUUUACCAAUUUAGAUUUUAUCAUUUGGGAUUAUAAGUCAUAACAGGAAGCGUAGAAGAUUAACUUUUUUCUUCACUCUAAAUGCAAGACUAUAUGAAUGAAGAUUUCCAGUUGAAUGCAGUCUUGCAUGCUGUUUUUAGUUUUCAGUCCUUAUGGUACCAAUUUAUUUGUUUAUUGCAUAUUUAGGAAGUAGUACUGUUUUUUUAUUUGGUAGAAAAUGGGAACAAUUAAAUCUGUUACCUGUUCUGACAUUCAGUUAUGAGUGAAUUUAUAAUUUUGUCUGUGACAUUUGGCGCCAUCUUUUGCGUUGUUAAAUUUAUGAAGUAGGAAUGAUGGUGUGUGUGAAAAGUGCAUUUAUAUGUAUGAGUGAUGGUAUUCAUUCUGUCCCUUGGUUGGUGACAUCGUACACUGAGGUUUUUCAAUAGAUCGUCUAGUAGAAGUUGGCUACUAUACUAAAAUGGGGCAUACCUCCAUCAUAUCAUUUUUGAGCAGUGUAGGACCAUAUUUUGUAAGACUUGUGACUCAGAUCGUUUGAAGUAUGUUGUUACGUUUAUUAUUUAUUUUAAUUUCACAUGUUUUAGUUCUGCAAACUCUGAAAAACCAAGAGUAAGAGUGAUGGGCUAUAUUCCUAGAGUUUUCCAAUGACACCCGUUAACCUCGAUCAUUUAUUCUGCUUGCUGCUAUUCUCCUAGAAAUUGUCAUUCUUCAGUGAUAAUACGCAUAUUUCCAUCUCUCCCAGGCAAUGAAUCUAGUUACUGUUCACUUCCACUUUGUGCAUCAUAAUUUUAUAUCGCAAAGCCUGUCUCCUAUUUUUAUUGAGUGGCUGUAAUAGCUAUUCACACUGCUAGCUUAAAGAGCAGCUAAACCCUAUACUAUUUUUGUGAGUUUGCUUGCAUGUAAUGAGUGCUGGGCUGAUCUUGGCCAGGUGAUGUAAGUGUAGCAGCUGUGGCUUAUAACAGUAAUGAGUCUGUUUUGAUUUAGCUGGGACAAUUAGCAAGCAUUGACAAAACUAUUGAUUGUUAUCAGUGCUGAUUCAGAAGCACACCUAAAUGAAACGCACCCGUCAUCAGCAUUAGCUGUGAUUGUCCUGCUGUGCUUACAUCAGACCAGCACUUACAAAUGGUUUUUCAUAGUAAACUCGCGCAAGUGGUAUAGGGUUUAGUUGCUCUUUAACACGAGUUUUAACAUUUUUCAAGUUUACAAAUGACUCCCAAUGGUAUUGUGGCCUUAUUCACAACCUUAAAUGAACCUGACAAAAUGGCCAAUUUGUUAAAACCAAAUAAAUCACUGUUUUUCAACAUAGCCUUAUGCAUUACUAUUUAGCUAGCUAUUAUUUGAACACGGUUAACCAUCUAAGAUUGUACCUUUGUCACAGUUUCUGUCAAAAUACAGAUGUUACUUAUGUAUGUUGGUGUCUGUAAGAGACGUCCCAGUGUCUUUAUAGCCACAUCUGUCUGUUUGGUAUUAGCAACUGCUAGUUUUCACUUUAAACUUUAAGUGCCACUCAUUCUCACUUGUCCUCUACUAUUUGGCAAUUGAUCUCAGGUUAAAAGGGUAUUUUUUUUCAAGACCCGAUACCUUAAAAACAUACCUUGCUUUUUUAAUUAAAAAGUGUUUUUUUUAUCUCCCAAUUUUCUUGCUUGUCAUGAUUUUUACUUUUAGAGCACAUAAAGUCAGUGAUGUAAAAUUAUUGAAGUCAAAAAGUCCUUUAGUAA